UUUCUAAUAUUAAAUAUGAAUUGAAAAUGCUAAGUAACUAAGUAUAAAUUACAUCAAACUGUUGAGUUGUAUUAAUUUUUUUUAAGUAAAGCUAAUCAUGAUAUCAAAUUAAAUGUAAAAUUAUUUAUAAAAUUAUUUAAAGCUAGUAAUUAUAGUAAAAUUUAAUAUAUUAAACUAAAACAAAUAAAAUUUUGUUCGUUAAUAAUAUAGCAGACAUUUAUAGAAGCCAAGAUUUUACUAAAACCGUAGAACUAACUACAAGUUAUAUUUCCUCCGUUUCACUUUAAUUGAUGUUUUAGAAUUAUUUCUUGUUUUAUUUUAGUUGAUGUUUUCAAAAUUUUAUGUAAAGAAAAUAAAUAUAAUUUAAUGUUUAAGAUCAUUUAUAUUCUGUAAUAUGAUUUUUCAUUGGUUGAACUAGUUGUAAUUAUUAUUUUUUAAGAAAAUAAAAAUAAUCUGAAUAAAAAUUAGUAAUUUCUUAAUCGGUAUGUAAAAAUCUUAAAAUUAAUUAUUGUAAAACAGAGGAAACACGAAAUAAUUUUCAAGCUUUAUAAAUUUGUAACGGCUAAAAUAUGUGUAGAUGACUGUUUAGAUUUUUUAGAACAUAAGUUAUAUAUUUUACUUUUGGAACAAUAUGAUCAAAAAAACUUUUUAGUGUUAAAAAGAAACCGGAAUCGAAUAAUCUUAAUUUGAUUUUGUUUGAAAAUUUAUUUUUAAAAUUAUGGAAUCUUAUAGGUAGCUGUUUUAUUUUAGAAAAGAUAAUUGGUAAAAUACAAAUAUUUUUCAUCUAUAUGAAAGAUGUAUAGUCUUUUUCCAUCUUGAAAAUUAAAUAUCAAUAUUUCAAAAAUCUAUCAAAUUGACCUAUUAAAUACUAAAAUUUUCUAGAAUUUUAUUUAUAUGAUUUUAAAUGUUCAAAAUAUAGUAUAUCAAGUAAGAUAUAUAUAGACUCUUGAAUAAGUUGUAGCCUAGCUAAAUUAGAUGCAUAUUUUUCCAAAAAAUGCUAGAUGCUUAACUGAUAGUAACCCAAAGUCUACACUUAGAAUUAGAACGCUUAACUGGAACAUAUCUAUAUGAUCGCAUCUAUAUCUAUCCAGUAAAAUGUCUAGUUGAAAUAUUUGUAAAUGUAGAUAGUUAACUGUCUAUAGAAAAAAGUAAUACUAUAUGUUAUAUAUAAUUGACUACAUUAUAAUGAAAUAUUAUGAUUGUAAAUAAUACAGGUCAGAUUUCAAACCUUAAUUUAUAAAUUGAAAAAUUAAGUAAAUAAAAUUUGAAUUACAAUAAAUUAUUGACACACUCUUAGAGCACAGGAAUUACAUUUGUACAUGAGUAAGUGGAUACAGUUAAUGAUAUCACAUGUACGGGACUGUCAACUAGCCUUCAAAGACCGCAGGUUGCGCAUAAACCCCUUCUUCACGGUUUUGGUAUCUAUUUCAAAUAACAUUAGCUAGCAAACGAAUAAAAAACAUUAUAAAAGCAAAAGCCGUUUCUUAAACAACAAUAUUAUCUUAAUUGCUAGCAUAAUAGCUUAGCUAAAUUAAAAACUUUCACACAUUACCGGAAGAAACAUCAAACAUGGCGAGUGUUCUGACACACUUUGUGUAGCCUAAGAUGUAAAGAAUAUAUGAUCAAAUUAACCAAACAAAUACUACUCAUUACACUUGGUUAGCAUUUAGCAACAAAAUCCAGUGACUAUAGAUAGGUCUAGGGAUGAUCAGUGCAUCUUUUGAUAAGAAAAAAAAUUUCUAACAAAAAGAUAUAAUGUUCUUCCCAGAACAUCUCGUUUAAAUGUUUACUACUAUUACCGGUUUAAAAAUGACUAGACGUUGAAUAUAGAAAUUGAAAGACGAGUGGGAUACUAUAUAUGUUCUUUUCCAAGGCUGUAAAAUCUAGUGAUUAAGACUACAAACCGUCUCUUCCACUUCACUUCACUAUGUCUUUCCAGUUUCACUAUGUCGUUCCAGUUUCCUCUUCUCUAGUCGUUAUAAAAGACAUGAUCUGUUUCUUCCUCUCACACUCGUGACUCGUCCUGAAUAGAUUUCGAGUUCUUUUGAUACCGACGUUAAAUUUUCUAAUAGUUAUGUCUUACGUUCCUCCACAUAAACGACAUGAAAACGUAGCACUCAGGGCAUCCUCUGUUCCACCUUCUCUUCUUACAAAACACAAAAAUACAAAGAUAAUCUACGCAAACGAUUUCAUCUCCAGGUGGUUUCUCGUUGGUUCAGAGGACAACAACAGCUUUCAACUUGUACCCGUUUCUUUAGAAUGGAGAAGCGAGUCAGAAGACAAACCGUUGGUAGUGUUAGCGAAUAGCGAGUCCGGAAAACUGGAAGAUCCAUGGCUAUGGGUAGCAGAGAAGGUAGAGAAUGAUCUUAUGUUGGGAUUUGGUAGGGCAAAGGAGAUGCUCCUACGUUAUGCAUCAGAUGAUGUCAACCUCAGAUUGAUCACUAGGUUUGACACUUUACGAGAUGAUAUCGUAACUAAAAGGGUGCUGGAAAAACUCAAGAGAUCAUUUCGUACAAAUGUUCCAAAGUCAUAUGUCGAGAACACUGUGUAUGGAGUGGUUCCUAAGAUGGGAUUCUCUGUUGAAGAGACCAAGGAGUUGUAUCAUGUGAAGGUGUUUGACAACACUCGUCCUGAUAUAACCAUCUCUUGUAAAUGUAUGGCGGAGCUUAAUGCUCUGAGGCACUUGAUUAUCGAUGUAUCCUGCCUUGACCAAGAUCUUGACAUGAGGCUAUCGGUUGAUUCAAAAAGGACAUUGACCAAUCUAUCAGAGAAUGAGAUCAAAAGUCUCAAAGAACUGACAGAUUCAGCAGUGAUAGAUCCAAAUGUUAAAGGUGGGUUAAAAUGGCCUCUUAAGAAAUCAUCAUGUGGUGAUCGUUACAGCGUUUGCGGCGUAUGGCAUACCGUCACAACUACAUACAGAAACCAGACAUUGAGGCUUCAAGUCCGAGAGGCUGAUCGGUAUGAUUUUAGAACUGGAAUUGGAGGAACGUCAAGGGAAGUUUUUCUCAAGUUAAGAGUCUUAAGCAAACUACUCAAGGAGGAAAAUGUGGAGAGGAAAUGUGUUUCAGACAUGCUGAAAGAUUGUCUGAAAAUAGUGUGGGACUACUUUUUGAAGACACAAGUGUAGUAGUCACUGUUGUUUUCUUGUGUGUUUGCAUGUUUUUGUCACUUUACUCCAAACUUUGCUCUGCUUUUACUGAUUUUGGCUUGUCAUAAUUUGUGGCAUUGUCCACAGUAUCUUUUGGAUUGGGAACCGUAUUUGAUUCAUAGAGUUGUUAUUUUUUUAGUUUUUCAACUUUGUUUCGUGUACAAUUAGGGUAUCUCCAUUCAUAACAUCAUUUUUGUGUCAAAACCACAUUAUGUUAUUAUAGUUUCAGCACUAAAUUUUUUUUUUUCAACCACAACACCAAACUAUUUUAUAAUAUUAUAUGUAAUUAUUUUUCAUUUAUUUAAUUAUUUAUUUUAUUAUUAAAAAUAUUUUAAUGGGGUGAAUAAUAUUUUAGUGUAGUAAAUAGUACCAAAAUCAUAAUAUCCUACUAUAUAAAAGGGACUAAAUUUAAGGCUUUUGAGACUAUCCACCUCAUCCAAAAUAUUUUCAUCCAAAAAGAAUUAAAAAUAAAUAUCAUUUAGAAAAUAAUUAACUAACAUACAACUUUUGAUAUUUCUAGAAAUUUCAAAUUUGUA